AUGGUAGUGGAGUGCAGUUUCAGUGCUACAGUAGAGGCAGUUGGAUACAGUGGCAAGAAAGCAGUUACGGCAGAUUUUCUCGUCGUCAGGGAAGGCCAGAGAUCGUUGCUAGGAAGAGCUACAGCCAGCGACAUGGGUCUGCUUCAAGUCGGAGAAACGGUGAACACCUGUGAGGAAUCUUCAGUGUUCCCCAAAAUGCCUGGCGUCAAAAUAAGGUUCAGCAUUGAUAAUUCUGUUCCACCGGUGCGUAAUGCAUAUUAUAAUAUCCCAGCGGCUUAUCGCGAAGAAGCUCGGCGGCGGCUGGAGCAAAUGGAGGCAAGGGGUAUUAUCGAAAAGGUCACAACGGCACCCCAGUGGAUUAGUGGAAUGUCGGCGGUGCCUAAGGGCAAAGAUAGCUUCCGCUUGGUGGUGAACAUGAGGGCACCAAACAAAGCCAUCAAGCGGGAGUAUUUCCGGUUACCGCUGAUCGAUGAGAUGAAGGUGAAGUUGCAUGGAGCAAAAUUUUUCACCAAACUUGAUCUGUCCGACGCGUUUUAUCAUCUCGAACUGAGUGAAGAGUCACGCGAUCUAACUACGUUCAUAUCGGAGACCGGGAUGUAUCGCUUCACUCGUUUGAUGUUUGGUGUCAAUUGUGCACCAGAAGUAUUUCAGCGUGAGAUGACGCGUAUUUUGAAAGACGUGAAGAACAAGGUCGUAUACAUCGAUGAUGUUCUAUUGUUUGCAGAAACAGUUGAAGAGUUGAGACAAACAGUUGCCCAAGUUUUGCAAAUUCUAAGAUCAAACAAUCUUACGCUCAAUGCUUCCAAAUGCGAGUACGAUCGAACGCGAAUCAACUUUCUGGGACACGAACUCAGCGAAAAAGGAUUCAACAUUGAAGCGUCGAAGGUCAAAGAUGUGCAGAAGUUUCGACAUCCAUCUACCUCGUCUGAACUUCGGAGUUUCCUUGGGCUUGCUUCAUUUGUAAGCCCCUACAUCAGAAACUUUGCGGAGAUAUCUGCACCUUUGUGGUCAGUGGUGACAGCGCAGAAGUGGAGCUGGGGUGUAGAACAGGAAAGUGCUUUCGAGCUCGUAAGGCAACGCAUCAUAGAUUCGACGAUAUCGUUGGGAUUCUUCUCUGAGUCGGACAGAACUAUCCUAUACACAGAUGCAUCUCCAAGUGCAUUGGGCGCCGUGUUGGUGCAGGAGAAUUGCCAAGGGAUUCCGCGUAUUAUAAGCUUUGCCUCAAAGUCACUGACGACUACUGAGAAAAAGUACGCGCAAAAUCAGCGGGAAGCGUUGAGUGCAGUAUGGGCAGUGGAGCAUUUCUCCUACUUUUUGCUAGGCAGACACUUUACGCUCCGUACAGACGCCCAAGGGAUGACAUUCAUCUUAAACAGAACCCGUGAAGAGUCAAAGCGAGCCUUAACGAGAGCAGAUGGUUGGGCUCUACGCCUCAGCCCAUAUGAUUACCAAGUCGAGUACAUCAGAGGACAUGACAACAUUGCGGAUUCGUCGUCGCGACUGUAUUGUGGUGAUGAUGACGCGUUUGAGGAGGAUAUUAGUCCAUGGGAAGUUUGCCGUCUGGAACUGAACAGCGUCGAGUUCCUCACUGAAGAGGAAAUUCGUGAAUCCACCGAAAAUGAUGUCACUCUUAUGCAGGUGGCUCAGGCCUUGGAGGAACAUAAAUGGCCAAAAAGUUUAAUGAAGUUCAAGUCUGUUGCGGACAAUCUUGUCUUCACUAAUGGAAUUUUACUGAAGAAUGGUUGCCCCGUCAUCCCUCAACAGCUUCAAGAAAAAGCAUUGGGAAUAGCACACCAGGGCCAUCCACUUGAUGCUAAGCUUAAGAGCAUUCUUCGUAGUCGAGUCUGGUGGCCAGGAAUGAGCAGUGAUGCAGAGAAAUGGGUGAAAUCGUGCGCCAUUUGUGCCGCAAAUGGUCGUCCGGAAAGACCACCUCCGAUGCGGCGAGCUUUUGCCCCAAAAGGAGUAUGGGAAACUAUUGCUCUUGACUUUAAUGGGCCGUAUCAAAAACUAGGGGGCAUUUUGAUACUGGUUAUUAUCGAUCUCAGGUCUAGGUAUGCGAUAGCUCGUCCCGUGAAAUCAACCAAGUUUGAACACACCAAAGCGGUACUUGAUGAAGUUUUUGAGAGGGAGGGUUUCCCAAAGGCUAUGAAAUCCGAUAAUGGUCCACCCUUCAACGGGCAAGAUUAUGCGGAAUUUUGCUCUGAACGAGGCAUUCAAACAAUCUUUUCGACCCCAUUCUACCCUCAGCAAAAUGGUUUGGUGGAGGGUUUUAUGAAGCUUGUGAAUAGAGCUAUGUGUACCGCACUGUCCACGGGAGCAAGCUACAAGGAAGAAUUGCAAGCUGCAGUCCAAUCCUACAAUGCGGCAGAUCAUAGCAUCACAAGAUUGCCUCCAGAAGAGAUAUUGACUGGCCGUAAAAUAAAGCGUGGACUUCCACUACUGAAUUUUGGCAAAGCUGAAUACGAUGAAAAGUUGCUGGAUUCAAGGGACCGCGAGGCGAAACUAUCGUCAAAAAAACGGGAGGAUGCCAGGCGUGGAGCUAAGCCGGAUCAGGUGAAACCAGGUGACACUGUCAUCGUCGAACGUUCGUCACGGGCUAAAGGAGAAACUAGGUUCAACCCAAAGCGCUUCACUGUGAUGCAGGAGAGUAACGGAAGCUUGAUCCUCUGUGAUACGGAAGGCCAACAGCUAAAGCGCCACGUCUCGCAGACCAAAAAGGUUCAACUGUGGCGAGAGACAUCAUCCGAAGCGGCCAAGGAUCACACGGAUUCCGAUGUUCCUGCCAGUGAUGGUGUUCGCGAGCGAUCCAACCGGAUGAAGCGACCUCCUUCACAUCUCUCCGAAUACGUUCGUGGAAUUGAAAAACUGUAGAUUAAAAUUUGAAUUACCAUACAUGUUUUUUUAACUGGAAUAUAUGUACCUUUUUCUGCUAAAGAGUUAUCUUAUUCCUGCUUGAAUAUCUUGGAAUACGCACUGCUAGAAAUGUCCUGAUUUGAGGGGGCUUUUCUUGGCUCCUGGAGCUUGAUAUUUUUGCUCUUGAUUCUUGAAGAGAAUAAUCCGAACUGUCAUGUCCUUAAAAAGAUUGCUAUGAUCGUUUUUUUUUCUGAAAAUCUAUGCAGCAUGUUUCAAGGGUUGCUGCACACGCAUUUAUUCUAUUUAAUUGAACCGUUGAACCCACGUUACGUUUAUUUAUUUCACCAGAGAGAAAGGGGGAUGUGUGGGGCGACAUAGUGAUAGUGUACGCCACUCUACCUUCUUCACCCUGAGCAGUGCACAUGGGGUCAGUGUGAGUGCAACAGUGUACAAGGCAAGACGUGUGUUCCCAGUAGCAGGCGUAAUGGGUGAUUUCCCGGUUACCGCCAGAAGUUGCACAGCCCUGCGCACGCGUUUGACCCGAUUCGAAACCGUUAGGCAACCGGUUUUCACAGCCCUGCAGGCGCGAAGUGUCAACCCUGGUUCAGUGGGGGUUAACAAAAAAUGUCCAUUAAUGGGACGGACGCAUCAGCAAUCGAUCCAUUGAUCGGUAUUGCACUUUUUUCCCUGCGAGUGUCGAUUGUAUCGAAACCGUUUUAUGAUGAGAGUUGACAGCCAAGGCAGGGACGACCAAAAAACGCAGACUCCGCGUGGGCUUCUUUCCCGCUUGAUUUUCUCUUCGCGAAGCGAUGCGAUGCGAGCGAAGAUCAGUGUGAGAAACAACAACCGAUUGCGCAGGAGACCCGAACCGAACCGGAAUGAAAUAUGGCAACAAUGUAAAAAGCUUUUUUGCUCGCACGCACAUUUGCGCUCGUCUCGAUCGCCGUUCGUUCGACCGUGCAUGCUUCAUGGAUGCUGAUGCAGCCCGAUGAGACUCGAUCGAGCAAGAUCAACAAACGAAUCAGCGCGAGAAAGGAGAGACCCCGAAAACAAACCCGUAUUUGGACCCUAAGGGCACUCGGCUCGGACUCUGUGUGUCUUGAUUCAGCGGACGCAUUCUUGGAACGCAUCGUCUCUACCCUUUUCCUCGUGCUCGUGUAUGGAUCGCAGUAGGCCCUCUGUGCACUUUUCUGCGAUUUGGACUGAACCGUUCAACCGCUGUUGAACCGGUUCAAGUGUUUUGGCUCGGGGCUGGGGUGACAAGCGGGGGUCCUAACAAGCCCGAAAAAUCUAAGCCAGCGCUGUCAAAUUUCAUUUCUUUUCUUUCGAAGGGGAUUUUCGAGGUGAAGUGAAAGUGCUGCCCUCAUCACUGUCAUAGGCACGAGCGACGUCAUUGUGCUCUGGACUCGGAGGGUCGUGAGACCCUUUACUUUCGGCACUGGGGCCUAGUCGUGGCUAUGGAGAGGUUUUAUGACGUUUUCUUCCUGGAUCUAGCUCGCUGGGUCUCUCUCGAAUCAAGAUCGUAAAUUUCUGUGGAACGAGGUGCCUCUCGGAAUCGGUUUUGGAAAUGACAAAGUAGUAUAAUUAAGUAAUUUAAUUUAUAUGGCUUUUUGGGUGGCUCGUCGUCAUGGAAAUGGGUCGCCUCAGCUCCCCAAUCGGAAGGGGAAACGAUUUAUGAUGUUUGUUCGGGCGCUAACAGGUGGAAGCUGGGAAGAUCCGGUUGGAAGAGCCGGAAGGCAGCAUUCCGGCGGAUUGAAUCGAUCGGUGAAUUUGAAAGCUAAAUUGAAAAGGCUUUUCCCACCGUCUCUCGUCCGAAAAGUGCUACAUGGGCACUAAUCAGCCUAAACAAAAGUGUAAUUGAAAUCUUUUCCAAGUGUAAACAUUCCCGGGAGUCCGCACGAAUGAUACUUUGUUUAUCGAAGGAGGCUGAGCGAACGGCGAUGCUGGAUCGAGUCGUCUCAGCGAGAAUGAUUUAUUUACGUCAACACUGCCAGACCGACUGUGAAUGUAAACAAGUUUUUCCUUCUUACCCCGUCAGAAGGUCUGAGAAAACCAGUAGUGGCUGCGGCGCACAUUCAGCAAUUAUGUUGACGAUGACGACGACGACGAUCUGAAUCUCUAAAACCCAUGAUAUUAAUAUUUGCCUGUGUGUCUGUCUGUCUGUCGGUCUGACCUGACUUAAUGGCGUCACGAUCUCCGAACGAUCAACAUCCUGUUAGCACACAGAGUCGGGUGGUACGUAGUAGGCCGACGAUUGUCGUGCAGCUGCAGCCUGCAGCUCAACCGAUCCACUGCAGCAGCCAGAUGCCCAACCGAUCCAAGUAUGCCGGCUAACCUAACUAAGCUGGGUGACUCACUUGAAGGGGCUUUCACAAAGACCCCGCGCUGCCAGCAGGAGGCGUGUGAGUGUGAAAAACUAAUCCACAUGUGGAACCGCUUAAUCCAAUCAAGGACAAACGCUCGCCAUCCAGUUGCAUUUAGAGGUUUUAAUUUCGUAUAAUUAAUGCCAGCCAGCCCAUGCAGCAAAAAAUAAAGAGCGAGAUCUGUCAAAAGUGGGUUGCUUAGAUCGCGGGGAUUCGAUCGAGUGGCAAUUAAGUUUGAAAUUGAAACCAAAUCAUCUAUGUCAUCUGAUCUACGGUAACGCUUAUUACGCUUGCACGGUGGAAGAUUUAGCGACAGCGAUAGACUGGCCUGGUGUGAAGCUGGCCUACGAGAAAAAGAGGUGAGGCCCUCUGUGAUUUCUUUCGCAGCGCGUAGCACGAUGAUCGCUAUCUUGCAUGUGCGGGCCAAGCCCGCAGCAAUGUUGGAAAGUUUUUCCAGAAAGACAAAUCUUGCUGAACCACGUGAUUUCAAAUGUUGCUGCUGCAAGGGCUCUCUUCCGUUCGCCGAAUAGCAAAGUUUGCCUAGACGCGUCCAUUAACGACUUGUAACACGGAAGCUGUUUGCCUUGCAAACAUUAUUUAUCGAUCGAUCGAUCGAAAUUGCUUUUAAAGGUUCAAUUAGGCAGUUUUCCACGCGGCUGAAAAUGAUCGGCGCUCGGCGCGGAGUGAGCAGCACCUAAUGGAUGGCGGCGACCUCCAUCAGCGCCACUCAUUGGAAAUACUUUUCGCGCAAUGCGUCCGUCAGAUAAACUGUCAAUCAUCUCUAACUUAGCCGGCGAGUUUUGUUUUGAGGAGGAGAAGGAGGGCCCUUCAAGUCGGAUUGCGAUGCGUGGGGGCUUGCAUCGUGCGAAUUUAGAUACGCCUUUCAUCCAAGUAGCCACAGCAGUUUGCGCUGUGUGCCCAUGCAGCAUCAGCAGCAUUUCGGAGCUGACCUCGCGGGAUGGAAAGCGAUGAGUGCCGCGCAGGCCUUAAUUGAUCGUAAAUGGAUUGUGCUUGUGGUAAAAAGGUUUCCCUAUCGACCUUAAUGGACUGCGCAAUCGAUCGAUCGCUGGAUGACCGAUUGUAUGUGCGCGCGCGCGAUAUUGCUCUCACAAAACGUGAAAUGCGAAACACGAAGCGCGCAGCAAAAGCGAACCUGUCAAAAAUCUCGACUUUGCUUUGACUGCUUGUUUUUUGUUUUGUUUUGCACGAUUCCUCCAUUGGCAGCGAUUCUUUCAUUUUGGAAGGUUUUUGGGAGACGAAUUUUUUGGACAGUAAUUGCAGUGCGCGGAACGCGCAUAAUUAUGUCCAAUUAGUGCGCGAGUGCAAACACAUUGACAGGACUGCGGCAAGACAGGUUGUUCCCAUUUUCGGCUUGGUUUCGCUACCAAAUUCGAGGUUUCGGUUUUGAUCGAGAAAGGAAAACAAUUUGAUCUCUUUUGCUGCAAGAAUUAGCUUUUGAGAUUUUUUUAUUUGGCAUGGAAUGCGCACUUUUAAUUUUCCGUGUAGUAAACACGGUUGACAGUUCGGAAGUCAAGACAAACGUACACUGAUCGUAAUUCGCUGUGUGCUUUUGAUAGGAUAUUCGUCGGAAUAAGUCAGAAUGUGUCUGAUGCAUUAGCAUGGCAAACUAGAUGUUGGUAACCAUUGCUUCUUGAGAAAUGAAGAAAUCAGACAAAAAAGUAACAAGAUGUUCUCAGCAUUUUCCCAUCGUCUAGGUUGCGUCGAAUGAGCUCAUUUCUGUCCAUUAAGAAAAAGGAAUAUCCCGGUCGAUCGUUGUGCGUGGAAACUUGCUGUGCCGCGUUCUCUCAUCAGAGGCGACUCCUGCUGCCAUAAAAUCAUAAUUUCCGUAAUUUCUCGCACUCGGGAAGAUGUGAUAGCUUCGGUCUAGCCUCGGAGCUGCAGGAAACAUUAUCUAAUAGCGCGGACAACAAUGAGCGUCCAAUUUGCUUCGGCCCAGUUGGUGGCGGCAGGUUAAACUCCGGUUCCUUCAGCUUGAUAAUGUCAUUAUCCCAGUUGUUGUAGCGUCUUGGUCGACAACGUCGCCCAGCCCAGCAGUGGCGGCAGCGCGAUCAUCGUCAUCUUCAUCAUCAUCGUCGUCGUCGAUGUUCCUUUUGCCCUACCCAGUCAAAGUUUUACGAUUAUUGUCGGCAAUGAUAUUGUUAUUGUUAUUAGAGGUCCAUUAUGAUCUGCCACGACGGCGUUGGGUCUUUCUUUGUUCUGACGCGUUGUUGGGUUGAAGCUGCUCCAAAGUGUUACUUUUUCAGUACGUCAUGUGGAUUAGACCUCCGCUUCUUGGUUACCUUAGGCUUGCAAUCAUGUUCUAAUGAUGAGUAUCAUUAUCGAUCGAGAAUUUGUUUGUUUCUUUCGGUGUGUAGAAUAUACACUGGAAACAUUGUGUCAAAAACAAAACCGAAGAAAGAUUUUUUCCGUGCAUCAAGAUUUCACAGAAUUUAAAUUGAAUUAGUUGCUGUAUUCUAACGAUAUGGCAAACGUCAAAUCGAAGUAAGCCACAGCAGUCAUUUGCCUCAGUCUACUACGAUCGAGACUGCACGAUCGCCAGGUGGAUUAAUCCCAAUUUUAUGUUUGCAUGGUGGCGAGCCGAUGGCGAUCCCAUUCUUGAACUUGCGGUUUCCCGUUUCGAUCAGUUUCGUACCUUGAUGAGUCUCGUAUUUCGUCGUUUUCUUCUACGAGAGAGGUUAUUCAAUCUGUGUGGGAUCAGGGCUUGACAGGAGCUUGGCGAAAAACGGCGAAAGACGGCGUCCUCUCAACGUCUGGAACCGCAAAGUUCCAUUAUCGGACGUAGCGAGUCGCCGUCGUGGCUGAGUGGAGAAAAAUGGCGCUCAUAAAUAUCAUUUUCACAUCACCAACCACCACCGUGCAUACAUUAGUGGCAACGGCUGCGACGAGCAGAAUGAGGAACCGCAAUUUACUCCCUUUCCAUUCAUCGCUCUAUCUCGCGUCAU